CCAAACGAAUUUUUAGAAAGACGGAAGAAAGGGGGAACAAAAAAAGGAAAAAGUCCGAGCGAUGGCGGCGGAGAGAGAGGCGGCGGCGGCAGCGGCCGAGGCUAGCCUCGAGAGCCGCAUCAGAGAUGCCCUGAGAGACGGCGAAGAAGGUGGCCUAUCUCGCCUCUCCCAGCUCAUCCUCCGUGUGACGGAUUCACUGCUGCAGGAAUCGGCGGCGGACGAUUCCCAGCCGGCGUAUCGGAUCGUGCUCUUCGAUCCCGUGACUCGGCGCAUGGUGGUUCUGCGGGGGGACACCUCGCUCUUGGAGGGGCUGUUGUCUGAGAGCGCCAGGCUGGGCGGAGGCCCGCCGCCGGCGUCCAAGGCGUCGAUCGAGGCGAUGAGGACGGUACGGGAUGUUGCGGGAGAGGAACAAGAUUGCUCGGUGUGCUUGGACGGGUUGGUGGGCGGAGGAGACGUGUCGGAUGCUGUGAAGGAGAUGCCAUGCGGGCAUCGAUUCCACGAAGGGUGCAUCGUGAAGUGGCUGGCGAUGCACGGGUCCUGCCCCUUGUGCCGAUUCCGGAUGCCGACGGAGGGCGAUCCCGGAUCGAAGAUGGCUGGUAGCGAGGAGGGCAUCGAAGCGGAAGGCGACGAGGUGGGAACGCGUAGGGGCAGAAGCCGGAUCUGGGCCAUGAUCGUCUACAGAGGCCAUCUGAAUAGCACACCAAGCGAUCUCGACCAACCCUCCUCAACUUCACCGGAAAAUGGAGGAGACGGUGGCGGCGGAGGUGGAGACGAGUAAUCAGGUCGGUCAAAAUCAUUCUUUUCGUCUUCCUUUUCCCUCGCUUCUUUCGUGCUUUGCCUGGAAUAAAGAUCCGACCUUUUCACCUCAUUUUUCGAUCUGUCGAUCGAUUCUUUUGUUGUUUGAUUCGAUUCCUUUCCUGAGUUCUAUAUUAAAUUUAUUUUCAAAA